AUGCGUAUCCUUCUCAUCGGUGGAAACGGACUUACUGGUCGUUUCGUCAUCGAUGAAGCAUUGCAGCGUGGCCACAAGAUUACAGCUUUGGUUCGGAAUUCCACUUCCCUUACAGCCAAGGAUGGCCUGAAGAUCGUAAAGGGUACACCACUGGAACCUUCGAACAUUGAAAGCGCUUUCAACGCAGUCCCAGGCGACCUCCCAACUGCCGUGAUCGUCACACUUGGAUCCCCGAAAGAAAAGGGGACUCGAAUUAUGGCUGACUCGCACGAAAACCUCAUCGAGGCGAUGAAGAGGCACGAUGUUUCCAAAAUAGCGACAUUGGCUUCCUUUGGAGUUGGGUCUUCUUUCCCGAACAUCACUGUGCUCAUGAGAUGGGCAAUUUCCAACACCAGUCUUGGGCAUUCAUUCGCUGAUCAUAAUAAUGUCGAUAAGAUACUCAAGAAGAGCGGGUUGGAUUUUGUGUUGUUGAGGCCAGCGAGAUUGACUAUGGGCAAAAAGGCGCCCGUCCAGUUCCUUCGCGACGAUGGGAAAGGACUCGGUGUUUUCGCGGGUUUGGGGGGUAUCUCGAGGGCCAGCGUGGCGGCGUGUCUAGUGGAUGCUGUUGAGAGGGACACUUGGGAUGGAAGGACUCCUGUGAUAACGAACUGA